AUGUCUAUCGACGCCUCCCUUGAUCCAAUCUCCACCCCACAACCCACCAUCCCAAACUCCCCCACCAGCACCCCCGCCAGUCCUCACAUCUCAUGGUCAGACUCAUACACCAAAGCCCAGACCGCCAUUGAAACCCUCUCCUCAAUCCUCCCAUUCAUCAUCCCUUCUCUCUUCUCCUCCGAAACCCCCGCCCUCUCUCUCCUCCACGACCCAGAAAUCGCCGCCCAAAUCUCACGACACCUCCGCCAACCCGACUCCGGCGCCGGGGAUAACCACCUCUGUCGGUGGCUCUACGACACUUUCCAAUCCUCCCAACCCGACCUCCAGCUCGUCGUCCUCCGAUUCCUCCCCAUCAUCGCCGGGGUUUAUCUCUCUCGCGUCGCUCGCCGGAAACCUCUCGCCGGCUUCGAAGCUGUUCUCUUGGCUCUCUACGCCCACGAGACCGCUUCUCGGGAUGGCCAAGCGAUUACAGUGAGCAUUCCAGACCUGGGUCACUCGAGUAUAUACCAUGAAACGAAACAAAGCUCGAGGAACAGUUCUACAGAGCUGAAUCUAACGGUAAUUUCUCCGAGUUUAGAGCCCCAUGGCACUGUGAGAUCAACCAGAAGGGCGAGAAUUGUUGGGGUUGCUCUGGAGUUGUACUACAGUAAAAUAUCUCAAAUCCCAGUGGGUUCCAAGAUUGAUUUCUGUCAGUUUUGUUCAAUCUGGGCUGGUGAAGAUGGAGAAAUGUACAAAGAUGGGCCGGACUGUGAAAUGGACUCAUACACCAAAGCCCAGACCGCCAUUGAAACCCUCUCCUCAAUCCUCCCAUUCAUCAUCCCUUCUCUCUUCUCCUCCGAAACCCCCGCCCUCUCUCUCCUCCACGACCCAGAAAUCGCCGCCCAAAUCUCACGACACCUCCGCCAACCCGACUCCGGCGCCGGGGAUAACCACCUCUGUCGGUGGCUCUACGACACUUUCCAAUCCUCCCAACCCGACCUCCAGCUCGUCGUCCUCCGAUUCCUCCCCAUCAUCGCCGGGGUUUAUCUCUCUCGCGUCGCUCGCCGGAAACCUCUCGCCGGCUUCGAAGCUGUUCUCUUGGCUCUCUACGCCCACGAGACCGCUUCUCGGGAUGGCCAAGCGAUUACAGUGAGCAUUCCAGACCUGGGUCACUCGAGUAUAUACCAUGAAACGAAACAAAGCUCGAGGAACAGUUCUACAGAGCUGAAUCUAACGGUAAUUUCUCCGAGUUUAGAGCCCCAUGGCACUGUGAGAUCAACCAGAAGGGCGAGAAUUGUUGGGGUUGCUCUGGAGUUGUACUACAGUAAAAUAUCUCAAAUCCCAGUGGGUUCCAAGAUUGAUUUCUGUCAGUUUUGUUCAAUCUGGGCUGGUGAAGAUGGAGAAAUGUACAAAGAUGGGCCGGACUGUGAAAUGGGUAAAAUCACAACAGGAGAUGAUACUAUUGAGAAGGAAAGAGGAGAAAAGGAAGGAAGAGUGCCUCUGCCAUGGGAGCUUCUGCAACCAGUUUUGAGGAUUUUGGGUCACUGCCUAAUGGGUCCUCAUAAGGACAAGGAGCUGCAUGAGAUUGCCUGUGCUGCAUGUAGGAGUCUCUAUGCAAGGUCUUUGCAUGAUAUCAACCCUAAAGCAAUUUUAGCCACUGGGAGUCUUCUUAGGCUUGCCAAGGUGGCCUCGGAUUCCACUGAUGAUAUUGAUCACACUGAUAUAACAGACACUCCUGUGAUCACCAUUUAA